GUUUAGAUGUUGGAAUUUUGGGUGUUCCUUUUGACAGUGGAACCUCAAAUCGCCCUGGUGCACGUUUCGGUCCUCGGCGAAUCAGAGCUGAAUCUCCUCUUCUGAAUAGAUGCAAUGCAAGUACAGGUUUCGAGCCAUUUAAACACUUUCAAGUGGCUGACUUAGGUGAUAUCCCCGUCAAUAUAUACGACAUUCCACAAGCCGUACGUGGUAUUAAAAAAUUCAUAUCAGAAGUUUUAUCUGAAGGAUGUACACCUUUAGUCAUGGGAGGAGAUCAUACAAUUACAUAUCCUAUUUUGCAAGCCAUGAAGGAAAAAUAUGGGCCUGUAGGAUUAAUCCAUCUAGAUGCCCAUCUUGAUUUCUUAGAUACUUUAAUGGGAUAUAAAAUAAAUCAUGCCACACCUUUCAUGCGAGCGUUUGAAGAAGGUCUUUUAGAUGUUCAGCGAGUUGUCCAGAUAGGGAUGAGAAGUACAUGUUAUUCACCAGAGGAUUAUCAGAAACCUGUCGAAAAAGGAUUUAGAGUAGUUCUGGCAGAAGAAUGCUGGCAUAUUUCAUUGAAACCACUAGUGGAAGAUAUAAAGAAGCAGAUGGGAGAUGGUCAUGUUUACAUCAGCAUUGAUAUUGACGCACUGGAUCCCUCUUUUGCUCCUGGAACAGGAACACCCGAAAUUGCAGGACUGACAACUAUACAAAUAUUGGAAAUAAUAAGGGGUCUGAAAGGCUCAAAAAUUAUUGGAGCAGAUUUGGUUGAAGUUUCACCUCCAUAUGAUCCAGUUGGUAACACUGCACUAACUGCAGCGAAUCUGUUAUUUGAGCUCUUAUGUUCUUUGCCACUAAAAGAUCAAAAUAGCUUUAGAAGUUUCAAUUAAAGAACAUAAAUACAUGUAACUCAAGAACUCUAUAUUUUUAAGCUAAUAUUUGAGGUAUGAUAAGACUUAUUGCUCUAAAAUUUUGUGAAAUUAAAAUUCUUUUUAACUAGCAAGAUAAUUUUAGAAGCAAAAGUUUAGACCUAAAUUUUUGUCCAAUAUUGACUAGAUAUAAUACUGCUUACACUCUUUGAUACUUUCUUCCUUACUUUUGUUAAUUUUUAACAGAAUCGA